ACGUUGCUUAAAUAGAAGACCUUUGUUGAGAUUUACAAUACGAGUACUUGAACACAGCACGAGCUCUCAGCAACUGUCAUGGCGUCUCCCUUGAAGGGGGUUUGGUGCUGGAGAAAGUAACCGCUGUCAUUUAUCAAUUUUGUCCUGUGUACGGAGCAGCUGACGCCGACUGAAGAGGCUUUUCGGAGCGGAUAGUUACCAUGGGGACUGUCCAUGCUAAGAGUCUGGAUCCUCUCCCAAUGCAUGGCCGCGACUUGGGCGUCAACCCUGAUGACUUCAUGGAGCCCCCAGAACCGGAGCAGGAGUCUAAGCAAGAGAUCCUCGAAAACAAAGAUGUGGUGGUCCAACAUGUUAACGUCCAGGGUCUUGGAAGAACUAAAGAGGAUCUGCUCGGCUAUGAAAUAUCGGAGGUUUUCCACGCCAAAAACCUCAUUGAUGUGAUGAAAAAGUCUCACAUCGCCAGACAGAGGCUGCUCCGCCUGGGAAUCUUCAAAGAGGUGGAAGUCCUUAUCGAUACGUCUGAAGGUUCCGACGCCUUGCCCAACGGUCUGGAUGUAACUUUUGAGGUGACGGAGGUAAAGAGGCUGACAGGAAGCUACAACACCAUGGUUGGCAACAAUGAAGGGAGCAUGGUGCUGGGUCUGAAGUUGCCCAACAUGUUCGGUCGAGCUGAGAAACUCACCUUCCAGUUCUCCUAUGGGACCAAGGAGACGUCCUAUGGCCUGUCCUUCUUCAAGCCCCAACCCGGACACUUUGAACGCAACCUCACACUCAACAUGUACAAAGUCACCGGUCAGUUCCCAUGGAGCUCCCUGAAAGAGACCGACAGAGGCAUAUCUGCAGAAUUAAAUUUUCCUCUGGGGGUGACCAACCACACACUGAAGUGGGAGGGUGUAUGGAGGGAGCUGGGCUGCCUGGCACGCAGUGCGUCCUUCGCCGUGCGAGAGGAGAGUGGACACUCACUGAAAUCUGCCCUCUCGCACACUUUGUCAAUCGAUUCAAGGAAUUCUGCCAUUUUCCCCAGCAGGGGUGCCUUAUUCCGCCUCAACCAGGAACUGGCGGGCUACACAGGAGGAGACGCCAGCUUCUUGAAAGAGGAUUUUGAGCUGCAGCUCAACAGGCGGCUCUUUUGGGACUCAGUCCUGUCUGCUUCUCUGUGGGGUGGGAUGCUUUGUCCAAUCGGAGGACAGCUGUCCUGCAUCGCUGACAGGUUCUACCUCGGCGGUCCAACCAGUGUACGAGGGUUUGGGAUGUACAGCAUCGGACCACAGAGUGAAGGUGACUACCUGGGUGGAGAGGCGUACUGGGCCGGGGGUCUGCACCUCUACACUCCACUGCCCUUCAGACCGGGCAAGGGUGGCUUCGGAGACCUUUUCAGAACGCACUUCUUCCUCAACGCAGGCAACCUCUGCAACCUUAACUACGGCGAUGGUCCGCGGGCACACCUUCAGAAGCUAGCCGAGUGCAUUCGCUGGUCGUACGGAGCGGGCAUCGUGCUGCGGCUCGGCAACAUCGCCAGACUGGAGCUCAACUACUGCGUGCCCAUGGGAGUUCAGAGUGGAGACAGGAUAUGUGACGGUGUCCAGUUCGGAGCAGGAAUCCGCUUCCUGUGACCUAAUGACUCCAGGCUGUGAUGUGAAAAGGGAGAAUGUCUUGUUGUGUGUCACCUGUAACUUGUUGUGAAGUGUGCGACACUAGCAUGGGUCGUAUGUCCCGAGGAAACACGCCUGACCCCCCUCCCCCCUCCUCCUUCCUUGUGAUAUGUCACGGCUUUUGAACAACAAAGUGCCAGUGCUGAGCCGUAAAACUACUGGAAGGUUUUUACAGUACAACCAGAACGGGCUGGAGUCGAAAGCAACCAGAUAUAAGAUUACUUUCGCAGCAAUUACAGUAAAUACAAUCCAGGUGAAUCUUUUACCAACCGCUUGCCGGGGCUUAUUCUCUUCAACAAGACUAUUGACUUAUGGGUUAGUUCUGAAUUUGAGUCCCUGUUGCUCUUUCCUUGUUUCGAGUUCUGCAGCGCUGGCACCUUGUCGGUGGAAAAGUCAUCAACCAGUGAUUUGGCCCACUGUGUUUCCUGUGGUGACACGAAGGUUGAUUACUUUCCGGAAUGUUUAAGAUUUUUAGGGCUUGUUCCCUGUUUCCAGGAAUGCUUCUUAUCCUGGAGCACGACUUGUGGAGUACUCUUGUUUUGACAGUCAAUUGAACACCACACACUGUCGAGUUGUACUGUGUGAUUGAAUGACCGCGGUAGCAGCGAGGGGAUGAACCGAAACAGAGCCAGCGGUGUUGGAAGGGAAUCUGCCCCUCAUGCCAAAGGAGUUUGUUCAACCCUUGUUGUCUGUAAGGAAAAAUGCCGGGUAGAUUUCUCAAGUUGGGAACCUCCCCCCACCCCUGAGCAACAUCCACCACCAGUGCUCUUACUGCGUUAGUCCUCUUUUUCAUGUUAUUCACAAAUAAAUCACAGCUGCUCCCCUGGU